AUGGCUCCAGCGGCCUUUGAUGCCAACACACAACUCAACUAUGCUCGCCACAUCAAGUACUGGCGGCGGAACCUGAAGACUCUGCUGCCGCACUUCUACACCAGCAAUGACUCCAACCGCAUGCUAUUGGCCCUUUUCACCGUGUCCGCUCUCGACAUUUUGGGAGAUUUAGACGCUGCUUUGUCAGCCGAGGAGCGACAUGGGCACAUCGAAUGGGUCUACAGCUGCCAACUGCCUGAAGGUGGCUUCCGCCCGUGGCCAGGGUCCAACUAUGGCGACCUCAGAAGCGAAGAAAACAAGAACUGGGACCCUGCCCAUAUUCCUGGAACCUUCUUUGCUCUCUUGACGCUGGUCGUACUGGGGGACAAUUUGGAGAGGGUCAAGAGAAAGGAGAUCUUAACAUGGCUGGUGAAGAUGCAGAGACCAGAGGGUAGCUUUGGAGAGACUUUGGGCGAUGGCGACUACGUCCAUGGCGGUAACGACUCAAGAUUCGGCUACAUGGCUACAGCUAUCAGAUGGAUACUUCGAGGCAACCUCGAGGGACCGUGUGAGGGUAUACCAGAUAUCAACGUUGACAACUUCGUCACGUGUGUCCGACAAGCAGAGUGCUACGACGGCGGCAUCUCAGAAUCGCCCUACCAUGAAGCGCAUGCGGGCUUCACCUGCUGCGCCAUCGCUGCCUUGGCUUUCUUGGAUCGUCUACCCUUACCUCCAUCACAAAAACCGGACGGUGUCAUCCGCGGAGUGACCGACGUCCCAAAGACGCUGCACUGGCUCGUCUCACGGCAGACGCUGACUCUAGACGAGGACGACAGCCUGGAUACUAUGAACGACGAGACAGACACGUCAGAAACCUGCCAUGACGCGCAUACGUUUGUCAAGUUGGGCGCCUACCCAUCAGUACAGGCAAAAACCAACACAAAAGGACGGCCUCACAUUCACUUCGAACUCGAGUGGGUUGGGGUGAAUGGUCGAUGUAACAAGGUAGCAGAUACAUGCUAUGCUUACUGGACCUGCACGCCCUUACAACUCCUCGGUCAUCUAGAUAUUGUCGAUCGGCAACCGAUCCGGAAGUGGUUACUAGAUAAGACGCAACAUCUCGUGGGAGGAUUCGGCAAAGUCACAGGAGACCCACCCGACAUGUAUCAUUCUUUCCUAGGUCUCAUGGUCCUUGCCAUGUUUGGAGAGACUGGCCUUCAGGACGUCGACCCAGCUCUGUGUAUCACGCACAAGGCGAAGAAGCACCUGGAAUCACUGUCGUGGCGGAGGAAGAUUCUAGGACUAGACAAAGAAUCCAAUGGUGCAAAUGCUCCCUCACAAGAAAGCAUUAGCCUGGCUGCGCGAUCCUGCCUUCCAAGGUUCAUGGUAGUCCUUAGACGGCGUAGCGCCAAAAUACCUCGGCCCCACCUGGACUCUCAGAUCCCUGUCAGCCAGCGACAGCAACGAGCCAAAUCACGCCCAGCCCCACAUUCCAGAUUGCAUUCAAUACAGAUUGCAGCCAUGAGGAACAUGCCGCCGCCCUCGAAGAAGCGCAAAAUCGCCGUCACAGUCCCCGAAAAGAUCGAGUUUGACUUUUCUGCGCGCGAAGAAUACCUCACCGGGUUCCACAAGCGCAAACUUGCGCGGAUAAAGCAUGCGCAAGAGGAGAACGCGAAGAGGGAGAAGGAGGAGAAGCUAAGGUUUAGGCGCGAGCUCCGGGAGCAGCGCAAAGUCGACCUAGAGAGACACGUCGAAGAAGUAAACCGACUCGUCAAGCAAGCAAACGGCGACCUCAGCGAAGCAGGCGAAACAUCCGCCAACGAUGACGACGACGACGACGACGACGAUGAUGAGGAAGAGUUCACAGGCUUCCAAGAACCAGAGCCCAUAAACCAGGAAGACGAAUACGUGGACGAGGACAAAUACACAACCGUCACUAUAGAAAGCGUGGGCAUAUCCAAAGCGGGUUUUUCAACACCGGGACAAGAAGACGAAGAGGCUGCUGCAAAGAGGAAAGCUGACGAGGAGAGGAAAAAGGAGGAGGAAGAGAGCAAGAAGCGGGUGUGGACAAAGGCGUGGCCGAAGAAUAGCGAGAGGCCAAAGAAGAAGAAGAAGAAGUUUAGGUACGAGACCAAGACGGAGAGAAAGGCGGAGCGCAUGAAGCAGGGCAUGAAGAAGAGGAAGCAGAAGGAGGCUAGAGAGAACAAGUAA